ACUAGAUUACCGUCAAAGAAACACAGAAACACACACCUAAAAUAGCCGCCAGGAUGAUAUCUCCAGUUAUCUUCAUCUUUUCUCUCCUCCUUUCCACCUCCCAUUCUGCUGUGCAAGACUUCUGUGUAGCUGACUUCGAAUCUCCCGAAAGCCCUGUAGGCUACGCAUGCAAGAAGCCUGCAGCUGUCACGGUGAAUGAUUUUGUUUUCUCUGGCCUAGGCAUUCCAGGCAACACCUCCAAUAUAAUCAAAGCUGGGGUGACCACUGCGUUUGCCUCAGACUUUCCUGGUGUAAACGGCCUUGGAAUUUCUUUGGCUCGUGCGGACAUUGCGGCCGGGGGAGUUAUCCCGUUUCACACACAUCCUGGAGGUUCAGAAGUCCUACUUGUUGUGGAAGGAACAAUAUUUGCAGGGUUCGUUUCCUCAGCUAAUGAAGUUUACACACAGACUCUUGAAGAGGGUGAUCUUAUGGUUUUCCCUCAAGGAUUACUGCACUUCCAAAUGAAUGCUGGAAGUUCUACGGCUGUUGGAUUUGUUAGCUUCAGCAGUGCAACCCCAGGUCUCCAGCUUCUGCCCUUCGCUUUGUUUAAAAACGAUUUACCCACUGACAUCAUAGCGGCAACUACAUUCCUUGAUGAAGCUCAGAUUAUGAAGCUUAAAGCCAUUCUUGGUGGCACUGGCUAAGGUCUUUGAAUCAGUCUAUUAAUUAUAAAAGAGAGUACUGUUGUGAGUUGUUUUUAUUUUGUUUUUAAGAACUUUGAUUGUAUGCUUGAUGAGGGUAAUAAUAUUUCUGUUGAAGGCAAAUGCCAAUUUGAAGAUGAAUAAAUGUGCAAGCUAGGUUUGGUUUGUCUA